CAACUUUCGAGUUCACUAGUGUAUGUUUCAUUCCUUAACCGUACACGUAAGUGAUAUCCGUAUCCUCCCUGGUAUUGCAUCUGCACAAAGGCUGACGGCCGGAAAUAAUGAAAUUCCUGGUAAGGAGGAGUUCGUUCUAUCGAAUAAAUAUGGCAUAGUCACGGAUUCAAUGCAGAUUCACGGCAUUCGAACUUUCUAUACAGCUUCGUUCCAAACAUACGGAAUAUGCGUACAAUGGCAACCUAUUGCUAUAAUUUUUCAUCCUGCCCUCGGUACCCUAUAAUCCACCGUGCUAUGUGAGAUUGAAAGAAGUUUAGAGAAAUAUAUCGAUAUAUAUGUGUUCG